CCGAGGAGCGUGCGAGCCCGCCUGCCCCCGCGAGGCAGGGCGGGAGGCGCGGAGCCCAGCCUCGCCCCGGCCCCUCGGCGGAGCCCCCGCCCGGCGCUCCCCGCCCCGCGCCCCGGGCAGCCGGGCAGGGCGGCGGCGUCAUGUGACCGCGCGGCGCGGUGCCAGCGCCCGCGGCGGGGGCGGGCGGAGGGCGGGCUGCUCCUCACACCGAUCCGCAGCCGCCGCCGAGGACACGACGGCCCCGGUGCCGCCGCGGCGCCCGCAGCUCCGGUAAAUCCAGAUAACAAGAAGUAUUUGGCCACACAAUCUUGGCCAGGAUAUACAAGACAUCAGAACAGGUGAAUAAAGAAGAUGUUAAUGUUUGACCCAGUCCCUAUCAAGCAAGAAGCCAUGGAGCCUGUUUCAGUGUCAUACCCGUCCAACUACAUGGACCAAAUAAAGCCAAAUAAAUACAGUGUCAUUUAUUCUGGACCGAGUGUGUUGCACAAUAAAUUCUACUCAAACCCCGAUGGACUGUCAAAUGGAAUCCAGAUGGAGCCAGUAGACCUUACCGUGAACAAACGGAGCUCACCACCUUCAACUGGAAGUUCUCCUUCCCCCCUAAAAUUUCAGACUGUGCAUAGGAGAACUUCACCUGGAUUGACUCUAUCCUCACCCAGCUCACCUCUCAGUAAAUUCACACCAUCACCCCCGGGAGUACAGCCUAUUUCCAUGCCAAUAGCAAUCCCACCUGUAAUGGCUGCUGCUCUUUCACGCCACGGACUGAGAAGCCCUGGAAUACUCCCGGUUAUACAGCCUGUUGUGGUCCAGCCGGUUCCUUUUAUGUAUGCUCCCCAUCUUCAGCAGCCCAUCAUGGUGUCCACAGUUCUUGCAGAUGAGAUGGAAGCUCCAAGUAGCAUGCCAGUGCCUGUCAUUGAGUCUUAUGAGAAGCCUGCACUGAAGAAAACAAUCAAAGUGGAGCCAGGAAGUGAACCAUCAAAGGCUGACUUCUAUCCUGAACAAAUGUCACCUCCAAGGAUGACCUCAUUGUCUCCCCAGCAAGUAAUGUUGCAAGAGAAUCACCCUUCAGUUAUAGUUCAGCCAGGAAAGAGACCUUUACCUGUGGAGUCUCCAGACACGCAAAGAAAACGCAGAAUACAUCGAUGUGAUUAUGAAGGCUGCAACAAAGUCUACACUAAAAGCUCCCAUUUGAAAGCUCACAGAAGAACCCAUACAGGUGAAAAACCAUACAAAUGCACUUGGGAGGGAUGCACAUGGAAGUUUGCUCGUUCUGAUGAACUAACGCGACAUUUUCGCAAGCAUACAGGAAUCAAACCUUUUCAGUGCCCAGACUGUGACCGUAGCUUUUCACGUUCGGACCAUCUUGCUCUUCACAGAAAACGCCACAUGCUAGUCUGAAUGUCUUCUGUCCGUGACUCCUGUCACACUUUCUUUUUUGACACAUGCAUUUUAAUUUGGAUUCAGCUGGUCUGAAUCUCUGAGUUUAUACAUUAAAAGCUUACAUAUGGUCAGUAACAGAUGUUAUCUAACCCUUCUAUGUCCUUGCCACGGGUCAGACCUAAAGAAUGUGAACACUUCUUUUUUCCUUCGGGGGAUGCUAAGCAAACCCUUUCUGCAAACAGUAUGUUUAAUGUAUUCCAUUGUGAAUAAGGGAAUUUGUAAACUAACAGCUUUUGUUGGUUUCUUCAUAUAAUCAACCCAGCAUAUACUGAUAAAGUAGUAAAUGUUAUUGAAUAUCCAAAAUGCUAGUCCUUGCCAGAAACUUCUAUUUAUAUGCCCUGUAAGGGAUUCGCUCUGAUUUUAUGCUCAACAGUGCAAAGGAUGGACUCUCCCAACCACGUUGAUUUCUGCAGUAUGGUUAAUACAGUAGAAAGGCACCUGAUUCAGAAGUCCCCUCCGCCCGAACAGUGAAUAACACUGUAGAAAUAAAUCUAAGCAAUAUAAUUACUUUUCAGAAAUAUUGAGUCAGUGUCAUUUAUCCCAGUCAAGAAGAAAAAUCAGCAGGAAUUGGUCUAUAUAUAUUAUCAUGCAUCGAACCCAAUGUCGUCUGUUUUCUAUAAUAUAUACUUGGUUUUUUUGCAUAAUGCCCUAGUGGAUUUGUUAAAUUAAGACAUUGUGUGACACUGUAUGUCUGGUUUCUGUGCAAGUGAAUGGAUGGAACACACGUGGUACUCUCCUAUGACAUGGCAUUACAUUAUAUUCAUAGAAACCUACCACACCUCAUUUCAGGAAUAUAGUGUAUCCCUCUGUGAUCACUCACCUACAUUUCCUCUAAAUAGUUUUACCUGUAGCUUAGAAAAUAGCAAUCAUCAUGUUAAAAAUGCUCUAAACUGUAGUGCUGCAAGUGAGUGCCACUUUAAUACACUACAGUAUUUAAAUUUAUUAAUCCACAGUAUUUUUAUAAAAGAUGGCAUCAGAUAUGAAGCACUUCUGGUUAUAAACUGAUCUAUGUAUCUGUUUUGAGUAAAAACAUAAAUUUUCCAUUUGAUAACUCUGAUUUGUGACUGAUAGUCUUUCAACAGUAGGCAGAUGAAGCUCUCAUAUGGAUGUGCCUGUUGUAUUAAAAUACCACAUCAGCAAGUCAACUCGAUAGACAAACUGAAUUCAAGCAACCUGGAGCUGACCCUCAAAACAUUCAUGUCACUGCAGCCCCACCGAAGGGAAGGUUUUUGUCUUACAACUGGCAGACUUUGUGGCACUACAUUGAGAGAGGGUGUAUUUCUGCAGGCUUUCAUGCACCAAGUGCAUUUUUCUUCAUUUACUUCAUUUACCUAUGUAAGGUAAACCCCAUUCCCUGCCAAUUAAACAUAACUGAAGUCAGAUUUUCAUUUCCUGUGGAAAAACCUGCUGGAAAUUGGAGGGGUGUGGAGAAGGAGGAGUUUCAUAAAACUCUCCAGGAGCAGGUGAGCAGUGUCCAUCUGCAGGCGGGUAUGGUUGAGCUCAUGGAGCAGGUAGGUAGUGCUGCUACAUCCUGUGGAGUCCUAUGGCAAACUGAUGUAAUCUUGGAGUGAGUGCCUUCCGUUGGUGACGAGAGUUUACCUGCUGUUCUCCUGACAUCCACGUACCCAUAGAAUUAGAGGAGAAGAUCUGUACCUCUGGAGAAAAACGUAUUAUACAGUUGUUUAGCAAAUCUUGCAUGUGAGAAUAUGGAAAACUAGCAGUUUUAUUUAAGGUUAGAACUCUGAAUGUGUGCUCUGUAAUGGGCAGAAGGGAAAUUUGCAAGACAGGCCUAGGAGCGUUCCGGCAAAGCUUUUGUGAGGAAGAUCUGUAUACGCUGUUGCAGCACCGCACAUCCUCACCACUUCACUAGGACUGAGGGACAUUAUGUCAGAUCCAUGUUGUAACUGGGCCUCAUCUGCUUAUCUGUUGAGAUGAAAAAACCAAAAGAUAAAUUGAUCUUCUUUUGGUAGGGCACGUUAUUACUAAGAUUGAGGAACUGUAGGGAAGGGAAUGGUAUUAAUGAGCAGCUAUUCUAGAAUCAGGAUUUAUGUUUGAUAUUUUUGUUGUCAAUGGUAGCAGAACUGGCCUUCACUAGGCUCUAGGCUAUGACGGCAGUUCCAUAAAUGCAGACACAUCGCUGACUGACAGCCUGUGUGGAGCCCCUUUAGCAUCAGUCACAAGUCUAGAGACGUAGUAUCCUGGGCCAAAAACUAUUAUAUUGCAGGGAAAAAAAUCAAAUGAGAUCCUAUAAAAAUAAGUAAUGUAAUGGCAACUGGUCUCAUUUUUAGCUUAACAAAUACAAAUGCAUAAAAUCUGGGAUGCUUAAGGAACAUUUCUUUCCAAUGCUCUGAUUCUCCUUUAAGGCUUCUAUAAAAUGUUUUAGUAUUUCUUUGGAUUUUUUAAAAAUUAGAAAUCUAAUAUUAAGUACCCUGAAAGCAGAACUUCUUCGUAAGUAAGAGUUACUUUAGACAAUGUAAUCGAGGUUGUUUGCCAUGUUCAUCCAUUAGCCUAUUAUCAUUUUCCUGAAAAUAUUUACGCUAAUGAUGGGGACAAAUGCAGUGGAGAUACAGUAGAGCUUUAAAAGAUCUUUGUCCGUGUGCCUUGUGAUUUAGGAAAACAAAUUUAAAUAUAAAAAUUUGAUAAUAUUUCAUGUAAAUGCCUUGCUUAUAGGAUUUUUCAGUUGUGUCUGUGGUGUCUUUGUGGGAUGUCAAAAGGUCACAAACAAAUGUGCUUUCAGCUGAAAAGGUGAAUUUACAUCUUAACUAGAUGAUAGAUUUGUUUCGGCAAACUUUGAUUUGAGGUGUAUCUUGUAAUUUUUAAAUAUGAAUGACUAUAAGUCAGUCCUUUCAUCUUGGCCCUAAAGAGAAGCUAGUUUAGACAUAAAGAUCAAAAAACCCUAAUCCUGCAGAAUAUGUACAUUUAAAAAAAACAAAACAUUUUUCCCUAGCAGUAUUGCACUGCGCAGUGUAACCCGUAAUAUUGUUUUACAAAAAUGUGCCUGUUUAAGCCAUUUGAUUGGAAUGAAUUCCUGUUUUCUGAGACAAUCACAAAAAGCUAAGCAGGAGUGGCUUUAUUUAAGUACACACCGCCAUCCUGCAGUGAUAUUUCCAAUGCCACAUCUUGUCCAAAUAUGUUGUCUCUGUCAAGGUCAGCAACAUGUAGGUGAAUACAAAUCCUUGCUAUAAAAAACUGCAAAGCAUUUCAUGUAUCUCAAGAGAGCUAAACCAGUUUUCCUUAUAUUUUAGAGAUAUUAGCAUUUUUCUGCUAUUUAUGUACUUUAAAUAGAGGGUCAAAAUAAUCUUUCUGCUUAGCAUCUCUCACCUGCAAAUAUAAGCAGGAAUGUUAUAUUUACUUUAAUACUUGUAUAAACUAUGCAGAAUUUUUAAAUAAAAUGUAAUAUAUUUUAUAAGCUAAUAAGACUGAAUGGGUAAUUAAAGGUUUCUGGCGUGCAUUACUAUAACUUGCAAAUAUGGAGACUUUUUGGUAAUUUUUCUUACUAAAGAUGUGAAUGUUUAUUGUACUUUCACUGUUUAUGCUUUGGUAGUCCAAUGGGAAUUCAGUAAUGACAUUUUGUCAUGUCAAACUGUGAACAUAAAUUUGUACUGUACAGUCCUCAUACGAUAUUUAGUCUACAGCACGUAUGUAUUAUACUUGUUAAUAAAACCCUCAGAAUAUUGUUUGUGGUCAAG